AUGCCUACCCGACUCUCGAAGACUCGCAAGCACCGUGGUCACGUCUCUGCCGGCCACGGUCGUGUAGGCAAGCACCGAAAACACCCAGGUGGUCGUGGUCUCGCUGGUGGUGCUCAUCAUCACCGAACAAACUUUGACAAGUACCAUCCUGGUUACUUUGGUAAAGUCGGUAUGCGACACUUCCACUUGACACGAAACAUGUACUGGCGUCCGAUAAUCAACGUCGACAAGCUGUGGUCGCUCGUCCCGGCUGAGGAGAAGAAGGGCCUCACAGCAGACUCAGAGGUGGUUCCUGUUAUCGACACCCUACGACAUGGAUAUGCAAAGGUGCUCGGAAACGGAAAGCUACCAAACCUCCCCUUUAUUGUCAAGGCUCGUUUCGUUUCGGCGAUUGCAGAGAAGAAGAUUAAAGAGGCGGGUGGUGUUGUCAAGCUCAUUGCGUAA